AUGAAGAUCUACAUGUGCGGCGGGCAGCCGCCCGCUCCCCGGCUCGGGGCGGUUCUCAGCGGGCGCCCCCUCUCUCGCCCCCAGCCGCCCAUCCAGGUGUACGGGCUGGAAGGGCGCUACGCCACCGCGCUGUACUCCGCCGCCACCAAGCAGAAGAAGCUGGACCAGGUAGAGAAGGAGCUGGGCCGAGUGUGGACUCUCUUGAAGGACCCUAAGCUAUCCAGUGUUGUUAUGAACCCUCACAUCAAGAGCGCAGUUAAACAAAAAGCUGUGAAUGAUGCCUUAGCAAAAGAGAAGAUGUCCCCUAUUACUGUCAACCUCAUGAAUUUGCUUGCUGAAAACGGUCGCUUGCGUUACACACCAGACAUCGUUACUGCGUUUGGGAAGAUCAUGAGUGCAUACCGUGGAGAAGUGCUGUGCACAGUCACCACUGCACAGCCCUUGGAUGAUGCCAACCUUACUGAGCUAAAAAGUGCUCUCGGUGGAUUCUUGGCUAAGGGAGAGGUCUUGAAGCUGGAGACCAAGACUGAUCCGUCAAUCCUUGGUGGCAUGAUUGUCAAUAUUGGGGAGAAGUACGUGGACAUGUCAACAAGGUCAAAGAUCCAGAAACUCACCAAAAUCAUGAGAGAGACUGUCUAGCAAGCUGUCCUAGUCAUUCACAGUGAAACCUGUCAGAUGGAAACAAUAAAAUUAUUUCUUCU